UGUAAACAGGCCGAGGGAGUAAUAGAGAAGAGGUGUACAGUUGGCUGAUGAUACCUUAUUUCUGGAUGUAUAUCAAGUUAGCAUUGACAAUUAGUACUAUACAUAUCUGUGCCGCUGUAUAGUAAAUCAUCUGAUUUCUAAAUCAAAAUGAUUUCUGUAUAUGAGUUGUGUACUAGCAGCAAGCCUGGGUAUGGGCACACAUUAAAAUUGAAACAGGAUGAUGAUGAUGAUGUUGGAGAGGAUGCAGACUGCAUUGGUUGCGAGAAAUCAAUAAAAGGCUCUCCUACAUAUAUCUGCAGUGUUAGUCAUGAUGAUCUUGAUUGUCGAGGAUUCUACUUGCACAAGAGCUGUGCAGAAUUGUCCAUACGAGAUGACUACCAUGGACACCCGCUAAGACUAAUUGAAGAGGAGGACGAUAUUAAGGGAGGGGAUUCCGCAUGCUUUGUUUGCAACAAACAAAUUGUAGCAGGCUUUCCUACAUAUACUUGCAUUCAUGAUGGCGAUGUUGAUUGUCAAAAUUUCUACCUCCACAAGACUUGUACAGAAUUCCCCUUGCAGCUGAACCACCAUAAGCACAACAAGCACUCCCUUGCUUUUCUGCCAGCUCCUGAUUGCGUUUGUGAUGUUUGUUUUCAUGCUUUAAAGUUUGCUUAUGCGUGUGAUGAUUGUAAGUUUCAUGUGUGUGUGUUCUGUGCUUUCGAACAGAGAGUGCUUAGUCAUCAAGGUCAUCCGGAGCACGCACUGACAUUGAUCAAGAGGGAGUCCUUGUUCACCUGUGAUGCUUGUUACGAGGAAGCCAAAGAGUCUUCGUAUUUGUGCCUCACCUGUGACUUCUGGAUCCACAAGACUUGUGCUCUUUCCCCUUCCACUAUUCAAGCUUCUAAUCACCACCACCACCACCCUCUCACUCUUGUCUACUCUAUACCUGAUAUUCAUCGCUAUUUUGUCCGCUCCUGCAACAUCUGCAACAAAGUAGUUCAUCCGAAUUUCUGGGUCUAUUAUUGCCAGAAAUGCACAUACUUUGCGCACAUCAAAUGUGCCACAUCCUCGGUUAUAAUAAAUGAGAUUGAAGCAGAGGACAUUGAUAAUGAACUUGCUUUGGUCCAAUUUCCUUUGCCUAGCAAGGAGUCACUGUUUGAUCUUAUCAUCACCCAGUAUUACCAAGGUGAAAGCUUUAUCACUUGGUCAAGAAGGCUCUAUAAUCCUCUUACUCUUAUUUUCGAGCACUGGAGUCACCCCGAUCAUCCAUUACAAAAGCUCCGUUUUAGUGUUUCUGAGGAUGACGACGAUGACAGUGAUGAUGAUGCAGCCUUGUUGAUAUGCGAUGGGUGCAUUCAGCCCAUAACCCUUUCUCAUCCAACUUACUAUGCUUGUAUCCAAUGUGGUUACUUUCUCCACUCCUUUUGUGCAACAGAGUUGCCACCAGAGUUGCCUGCAGGAGCAUCCACGUUUCACCCUCAACAUCCGCUCAUGCUCUGGAAGAGGAGCAUUUCGGCCUUUGGUCUUGUGACAUGUGGAGCAUGCGCCAGCGAAACGAAUGGAUUCUUCUAUCACUGUAAGACUUGUGAUAUUAGAGUUGAUAUCCGUUGUGCAUUCUUACCCACCAGGAUUAAACAUAUAUCUCACAAGCACGCUCUUGUUCAGCGUCCAUUUUCUGAACCCAUGUGUAGCAUAAGUAAGAUUACAAUUACAGGUGGCCUGGUAUAUGGGUGUGAAACUUGCAGUGACGUACAUAUUAGUAUACUUUGUGUAUUUUUGCCAAGCAUUGUCAAACACAGGUUCGAUAGUCACCCGAUAACGUUGAGACUUCCUCCAUUUUUCUACGAAGGAGUUUUCUACUGUGAAUUAUGCGAAGAACAAGUUAACAAUCAAUGGCCACUCUAUCACUGUGAUGAAUCUGAUCAUUCUUUUCAUUAUAACUGCUUUGAUCUUCUUCCGAACAUCAAAUUUGGAGGGACCAUUGAACUUGAUAUUGACCAUCGGCCGCACACAUUUACAUUUGUUUUAGAGAGGCCUAAGAAAAAAGGCUUCCUAUACAAGUGUAGCAAUUGUGCUGACUCCUAUGAAUUUGGUGUAUUUUUUAGAUGUGACGGGUGUGGAUAUCUUGCCUGCUAUGGAUGUGUCAAUAAGGUUCUGGGCGGAACUUCACCCAAUGAAUUUGUAAUUCCCGAAUAGAAAAGUUAUUGCAUUGUACUAUUAGUUCUUUUUUCUUCUUCUUUAAGCUUGUCUGUGUUAUUCUAUACUUACAAGACUUGUCAUAUU